AUGAAAGCCAAUAUAUGGGAAAUAAUAUCUCCUGAUUUCAGCUAUAAACUGUAUACAUCAUUGAGAUUUUCAUCUCUAUGGAAAAGCUACCAAGAAACUUUAAGGGGGAGGGCGGAGCGGUGGUACAAACAGUUAGAAAAAAAAAGCAGUUUUCCAGAAACAAAGCUUCACGUGCCCAGCAUAAGCUAUCAUUCUUAAAAGGCCUUAUCUCCUAAGUUUACAACUACAUUUCCACAUUUGGAUUCAUAUAAAGAAUUUGUGAAGAAUAUAAAGUAUCCAAAUGGUAUAUAUCUUGAUCUAAAACCACAUGAUUUUAGAUAG